CAAUUAUUCAAAGGGAGUGAGUAGAGUGAAGUGAAGUGAAGUAGGGCAAUCCAAAAUUCGCCAUUUUUGCUUUUAGUGAAGGGAGAUUUUAUAUUUGUCAGGCUGGAGGACGAGGAAUAUUUUGUAAAAAGUGUGUCAUUACAUUUAAUUUCUCGUAGCGAAGACUUUAUUUGAACAAGAUCUUAGUUUAAUAGUGUGGUAUUAUUUAUUACUAACGUUUGUAUGUAGUGCUACUUCCCCAUCGUAAAAUUUGCUCGUUGGUGUGUCGCUUUAGCUAAUUCAAUGGCUAUGAUAUCAAAGUUUUAAUCUGUCGUGUCGCUUAGACGUUCUCCUCUCGGGAUAAUAUCGAGAAAGCGAGGCGACGCCUUUAGAAAUGAACAGGCCUCAAGGCGGACGCAUUCAAGUCCCGGAUGACCUUAGAGAGAUCUUAUUGGAGUUCACCAUAAGUUAUCUUCUGGAGCAACCGGGGGACGUGAUCAACUACGCUGUCGAGUUCUUCACAAGAUUACAAAACAACAGGACGACCACCGUAGUGAGAGCCCCUGUUGCCGGCACACCCGAUGAGUCCAUAAUAUCAGACGAAGAAGAGCCGCCAGUGGCGCGCUUCAACAACCGCCGCAAGUCUGUAUUUGCGGAGACGUAUGAUCCCGAGGAAGAUGACUCCGACGAGGGCACCACGACCGUCUUCCCGAAGUCGGAUGCCCAGCGCCAGCGGCUCGCGGAGGCAGUCCGCAGCAUCCUGCUGUUCCGCUCGCUCGAUGCCCAGCAGAUGCAGCAGGUGCUGGACGCGAUGUUCGAGAAGCGCACGGAGCCCGGCGAGUACUUGAUCCGGCAGGGAGACGACGGCGACAACUUCUACGUCAUCGAGAAUGGCAUGUUCGACGUGCUCGUCACCGGGGAUGACCGCAUCGAGAAGGUGGUACACACAUACGAAGGCUCCGGCUCGUUCGGUGAGCUGGCUCUCAUGUACAACAUGCCCCGCGCGGCCUCCGUUCGCGCCCAGACGCCCGGCCAGCUGUGGGCCAUGGACCGCCACACCUUCCGCCGCAUCCUGCUCAAGAGCGCCUUCAAGAAGCGCAAGCUCUACGAAGAUCUCCUCGAAAAAGUGCCCAUGCUCAAGGCACUCCAGGCGUACGAGCGCGCCAACCUCGCCGACGCGCUGCUGCCGCGCACUCUGAUCGACGGCGAGCUGAUCAUCCGGCAGGGAGACACCGCCGACGGCAUGUACUUCGUGGAGGACGGCGCCAUCAGCAUCCGCAUCACCCGCGACGACGGCAACGAGCACGAAAUCAAGCGUCUCGAGGCUGGUGGCUACUUCGGUGAGCUGGCUCUUGUCACCCACAAGCCUCGUGCUGCUUCUGCUUACGCCGUCGGCCCCACCCGGGUUGCAUUCCUGGACGUUGAGACAUUCGAGCGCCUGCUGGGCCCGUGCAUGGAGAUCAUGAAGCGCAACAUCGACGACUACGAGGAGCAGCUGGUGAAGCUGUUCGGCGACAAGAGCAACCUCACCGACGUGCGAUGAACGCGCCCCGCGCCGCACACAGCGCCAACACUUGUUUCCCUUCCACACACCGUAAUCUAAUCCUAUAUUCGUUUUAUAGCUUCCACUGGGGUUAUGCUGUACUUAACUUAUGUAUUUACAUUACAUGGAUAAAAACAGCAGCUAAGCAAAAUGGAGUUGAGUAAUUUAGUAACUAUUUUAAUGUUCCUGUAUUAUUUAUUACCUUAUUAUAGCUCCCAUUUAGUUGGUAUGCCAAUCACAUGACAAUUUGAGUGUAACAGUAAUUCUAAAGAACUUCAAAGUAUACAGCAUAACCUCAAAAUAUUAAGACAUUUUGCGGUCAUUAAGCAUUCGCUUAUUAAGUAGCUCUCACUUAUUUUAUGCUUAACCAACUAAAAUAUUGGUACAAAGUUACAAAAGAAACAACAAUUUGAUUUAAUUUAAUAUAGUGCCAUUUUUAAUUUAAUUUAUUGAACUUAUCGUAGUAGAUAAAACAGAUUACGCGUUGAAUGGAAGGUGAAAUAAUGACUACACACCGAGCGCUCAAUAAUAUUGCAUUGAUAAAAAUAUACGCUUAUUUUAGAUAGAGAAAUGCCUUAGUAGCUAAGUAUAUAUAAGGUACACCGAGGAAGGUGGGCGUCGAGGCGAGCGCGUAGGAAACAAAAUGCUAACGAGACAUUAUGCUCAUUUUAUGUGCCAUAACUGCGAGAACAAUGAGAACUCGACAACGCUGUUUGCUUAUAUCAACUUUUAAUUACUUUGAUAUUUUUCUAUUACAAAUGUUUUACUUUUCAAUGUGCAAUACCUUUUAUUAGUUUAUUUUAUGUAAAACAUGUCACAGCACAUUUUGUUUUCUACGGAAGUCGUCACUUAACCAAGAUCGAAGAAAACAUCUAACGAUAACAAUAGAAUUUAUGAGUCGAGGGUAAAAGGCAUUAGUGUUAAAGAUUAACAUUAAAUAUGUUCUACGUAGUGAGUGGUUACAAUGCAAUACUAUUCGGCACUCGGCCACGUCUAUCUUGGGAUAUUCUCUAUCGCUAUCGCCAUUUCUAUUAACUUAAGAUAUUUUCACUGACACAGGCUUUUCUGAAUGAUAACAAAAUUAUAUACCUAGUAGGUAAAUUAUAUAGUUGUAUUUUUUAUUUUUGUGAUUAGAUUAAAUCUAUCACUUAGUAUUUUUAUUUAUUUUUUAUAUCUUGGUUAAAGUUUUCUCGUCGAUAUAUGUAUAUGGAGAUUGUAAUGUGAGGAUCAGUUUAUUAUAUGCCAAAUUAUAAAUAAUAGUUUACGUGUUGUAAUUGUUACAGGACAGUUUGCGAAUUUACAAAUGUUCUGUAGUUUAAUGUCUACAAACAUUCAGACUUGUUAUCGAUCCUGAAAUUAUAAUGUUUUAUUACAUGGAAAUGAAAUACAUAUUAUACAAAACAAAUAUAUAUGAUUUGUUUCGUUCGCAGAGUAUUUUAUUACGAUUGUUUCAUAGUAAUUUUGUUAAGGAAAUGGAUUUGUUUUAUGUUAUCUUUGAAUUAAUUUAAAUCUUCUUUUCUGUUGUAGAGAGUUCCUAUUGUUUUGUUUGCUCUUUAACAAUUUUACAUUAUAAUAGAUCUGAGGUGUUUUAAAUUUGUAAUACUUUUAUAGCGAACACGAAGCUCCAAUGAACAAAUAGUAGAAAUCCAUCGUUGUUGAUUUGAUAAGUCCUUUAAGAUUGGUGUAUAAAUAGUAUUGGUUAUUUUGGUGUUGUGGCUCUCGCGGUGAUCACGACGCUCGUGUUGCCGCACUCGCCACUCGCCGGCACUCGUCCUACCCUCAGGUACAACGUUCCAGUAUUAUUUAAAUUAGAAUCAUCCAACGUUUAUUUCGUGAAUCCAACCAAAGUAGGUGAGUGCGUAAAUAUCAUGUGUAGCGCUAAAUAUUUAAGUAUAUAUUUACUAUGUAGUAGUUAGUUUUCGUCAUUUCUUAUUGUAAUUUAAAUAUUAGUAGAUUAGGAAAUUUUAAUGGAAUAUAGUCAAAUCCUGAGGGGUGAGGUGUAUCGUUUUGACGCCAUGUACAAAAGUGUACAAAUUGAUUUCAGAUGCCAUAGAAGAUUUUAUUUUAUUGAAUGAAUAUAAGACGUUACGUUAUUUUAUUGUGGACUGUAAAUGUACCGCUUGCGACUCUCACUGGUUAUCAAGCCCAGACAUGACUCUGUGUUAGCACAUUACGCCAUGUCGGCCUGCGCUUCUGCUUCUUGUGAUUUGCAAUCGUUGUUUUUCUUAACUGCCGAUUUGAGUUUGGUUGACGUUGCUAAUACAUUCCCUUUAACUGGCUGGCAUUGUUUAUUUAUUUUGUUACUGACAAUAAUUUUUGUCCACCCAUCGAUUUGCUAUACUUAGUUAAUUCUCACUUGAAGUGCCUAUUUUGUACAAGUACAUCAACCAGACAACAAUUUUCUUAAUACACUUUCUCACUAACAAUUAUAAUAUUAAUCUCGUGUUUUUAACUUACUUAAACUGCCUUUUUCUAUGUGAAAUUGUGAAACGUGUUGUGAGAUAUGUGUAUUUAGUGUAUCGGACAUCAAUCAGUCAUUCAAUACCUCCAAUUUUAAGACGUCAAAUCACUCUAUAAACUAUUUGAUAAUGUUCAAAAUAUUUACCGUAAAAGGACUCGAGUAAUUAUUUCAAAAGAAUUUGGAUACCUUGAUAUUAAAGUACAUGAAAAUCGUGAGGUAAAUAUUUUGAUUCUAGGGCAUUGUUUAUACAAUAUACUUUUUUCGAGAUGUGUGAGUGUUUAGAAUCCACUGUCAAUCCGUUACCUUGGAGAGUGCGGUGUUUGAUUGGUCCCCUAUGGUAGUGUACAUGAGUUGAUAUUGCUAUGUAUAACGUUGUGUUUGUUACAUUGUACAGGUGAGGUGCGUCACGUGUCGCCCCCGCGUAAUGUCUGUGUGUCCCCAGUGUAUUGAACCCAGUAGUUUAUAUUAUCGUGCAAUAAUAACUAAUAACUGUCAUUUAUCUAUGUCGUUUACAUCAAUAUCAUGUGUUACAUUUUGUCUGUGUGAAAUUUAUUUAUAGAAUUUAAUAAAAUAUGAAUAGAAUAAGAAAUAUAUAUCGCUCUUAAUACAUGAAUUUUCAUCGUCGGUUUUGUAGAAAUGCUAAUCAAUUUACACUUGUAAAUCCCGUUUUUAUUAAAUUAAUCGACACGCAACAUUAAUGUUAAAAUAGAAGCACAAAUGUGUAGAGGCGCGAGUCGAUGGGAGGUUUUCAUUCUGUCUUCCAUGGGACGCACAGAAGUCGCCGCUAAUCGUUUCACUCGGACCGCUAUUAUAUGCAUUCUCUGGCAUACUGAUGUAAAUUUGAAAUUCAUUACGCUUAACCGUAGCGUAAUUUUUUAUAAAUUAUACUAGUCAUUGGUGUCUAAUGUAGAUUUGUAACCUGACGCACGUUGGAUUGGAAUGUACUCCAUGUCUUCACUCACGUUAGGUGUAAGUCAUACCCGUUCCAUACGAAGUGAAAGCAUAUCAGCGCGGCCGGCGGCGGUCGCGUCGCUUCUAUGAUUAUAAUGCACCACAUAUUGUGUACAUCCGGUAGCCAGUUGAAAACUAGUACCGCUUCUCCCACGUCAUGAGCUUACCCUGUACAUUUAUAAAAUUAUGUAUCGUAAAAUGUUAGAAAACUGAAUUAUAUUUGUUUGUAGAUCUAAA